AUGUCGCAUGCAAACCCUACGCAUAUAGUUCCUUUUAGCAUAAAUACGUUCAUUUCAUCCCUGGACGUCCUGAACUUUGAAGAAAGCUGGAAGCGCCGAGAUUUGAUGGGCGACGAUCGAGUCCGGCGGUGCAUCCCGGGCUCGCGUUGCGCGGCGGGGGUGUGGCGAGGCGCGCGAAACCUGUCGCGGCGGAGGACGGAUGCAAAACGUGCUGGCGGGGGGAGGGGCCGUGGGGUGUGGAUUGGGCCUGGUGGGGGCCCCGCGGAGGGAGAAGCCGCCGCCUCGCCGCGCCGCGCCGCCUCUCCCGGAUUUUCCGGUUUCUGCGCCCGUGCCCGGAAAAGCGCCACUGUGGAGGAGGGCACGGACAAGCGGGAGGCCCCCCUUGGGUUGAGGGAGCCUUGGAUCCAGCCCACCCUCGCGGAGCUGAAGCAAACCGCCCUGGUCCGCCGCUGGCUCCAGGAGCAGCGCCGCCUCCAGGACCAGAAGCUCCAGGAACUCAAGCUCCAGGAACAGAAGCUCCAAGAGCAGAAGCACCACCACAACAACAACAACCUCUUCAACAAUAACAACAACAACUCGCCGCCGGACAUCAAGGUCAUGCCGAUGCUCCUCCAGCAUCCCUCGGCGGGUUUGCGGGCCCACCACGACCCCGAGCCCCAGCCCCUGGACUUCUCCGUGAGCUCCAAGUUCAACGGGACCCGAAUCCCCCAUCGGACUAUUCACUCCUUUUUACGCACCUCCAGCUCUUCGUCCGAUGAGGAGCCGCCACACUCCGAGUCGCCCGUCAGAUCAGAAUCAGAUACGUGUGAACCUGGCAUUAGGAGUAAAUCCUUACAUGGCGGGAAAGUAUGGCUGGACGACCCGGCGGACCUGCCGUGGCGCUCGCCGCAGCGCGAGGAGGAUCGGCUGGAGCGAUGCGACCGGGAUCGGAAGAUCGGGCGUCUGGACGACGACCUGGUCAAGCCGCGGCUGUCGCCCCUAUCGCCGGACUCCCCCUCGCCCCUCCCCCUGGGCAGUCUAGGUUACUUAAGUUAA